AUGGUUACAGGGCUAAUGACAACAAUGUGCUUUAUAUUUCGACAUCACAAGAGGGACGGCUUACUUAGCGAUGAAAAUCACAGAAGAGAUGAAAUCUCAGGAUCUGUACCUUCUUCAAAAAGCCAAGGUUUGCGAGAAUGUUUCAAUGGGAUUCUUGCUCAGAAGAUUGAUUGGGCAUCCAUGAGUAAAAUCUUCAAAAAGUGGAUCAAGAACCCUCUGAAUAUGGCCAUCCUUUUAUGGAUAAGUUGUGUUGCCGUCUCAGGAGCAAUCCUAUUUCUUGUGAUGACGGGAAUGUUAAACAGCGUCCUGCCCGAGAAGUCAGAGAGAAAUGCCUGGUUUGAGAUCAACAAUCAAAUCCUCAAUGCUCUCUUUACUCUUAUGGCUCUUUACCAACACCCAAAGAGGAUCUACCACCUUGUACUUCUGUUGAGAUGGGAGCCAAAGGAUGUCUCAUUGCUUAGAAAAAUGUACUCUAAGAAUGGUACUUACAAACCCCAUGAAUGGGCACACAUUAUGGUGGUAAUUUUUUUACUCCAUUUGAAUUGCUUUGCUCAGUAUGCCUUGUGUGGGCUUAACUUGGGAUACAAAAGAUCUGAGCGACCUGCUGUUGGUGUCGGUGUCUGUCUUUUGGUUGCAAUUGCUGCUCCUGCAAUAGCAGGUGUGUACUGCAUUGUUAGUCCCCUCGGGAAGGAGUAUGAAGUUGAUCAUGAAGCGCAGGAUCAUAUUCUCACUAAUGGCACAAGCCGGUCCAGCCACUCGAUGAUGAAGUCAUUCAAGAGGACAUUUUCAUUUGCAUCUAGAGAUGGCCAAAGGAUUUCUGAGUAUGCACCUCAAUGGAGAGGGGGUUUAUUUGAUUUUCAGGAUGAUAUUGCUAUAUCUUAUUUAUCUCUUUUCUGCAGCUUUUGUGUUUUUGGGUGGAACAUGGAGAGGCUUGGGUUUGGUAACAUGUAUGUUCAUAUUGUAACUUUUAUCCUCUUCUGCACAGCCCCAUUUUGGAUCCUCAGUUUGGCUGCCUUCCAAAUUGAGAAUGAAAUUGCCAGGGAAGCUUUGGGUAUAACCGGCAUUGUCCUUUGUAUGUUUGGUUUGCUGUACGGCGGCUUCUGGAGAAUUCAAAUGAGGAAGAGAUUCAACAUGCCAGCAAAUGACUUAUGCUGUGGAAAGCCUGCAGUUACAGAUUGUGCGCAAUGGCUUUUCUGUUGCUGGUGCUCACUUGCUCAGGAAGUAAGGACAGCCGAUUUCUAUGACGUAGUGGAAGAUAAGUUCUGCGGGAAGCAAAUGAGUGAGCAUGGCAAGCCUGCGCUAUCACCCUUACCGCGUGAAAGUGGAAUUACUGAAUAUAGAUUUGAUCAAACUUCUCUACUUUCGAAGAAGCCUACAAGUCCAAGCAGACUUCAAAAAGAUUACCAUAGUCUAGAUAGACAGCUCCCCAAGGUGAAAGAGGAAUCUACAAUGGAGCCCCCUGUACCAUUGAUUUUGCAGAGGGAAGAGAAUAUCCAACCAAAGACACAAAAAGGAAGGAAUUAUUAG